UCCCAUUGUAGUCUGGUUGGUGGUCUUGGUGGCUGUGAUUUGUACAGGCCUAGUUGAGGGAGCACGAUAUGAUUCAGAUUACUGACUGAUCGAUACUUUGUUAUGUGGGCAUGGUCAGCGAGAACUACUUAAGUGACCACGGCAAAAUGGCCUGUUGAUACUUGAUCAAGGAAGCGAGUUGCACGCAUCAGAUCAGAAAUCUCACCAUGAGAUGCGACAUGUCAGAAGUUUUCACUCGUGGAACUUUGGAGAUAUUUCUUUUGGACUAACAAUGUGAUUACAUUAAUUCUUCAGGAAAUAGUCAUGACACGGUAUCAAAUAUGCAAUAAUUUUAUUCAAUAGUGUCUGAUUUGAUCAUAUCUGGUUCCAGACAGUUUGGAGACAUUCUAUAAAGAUGCUCCUGAAAAGUUUGGAAUCUUUUGCAUAACGGAGUUUUGAUCAGAUAUUCUUUAAUAAGAUCGACCGAGAAACGCCACAAACUAUCAUCUUUUUAUCUUUUGACCAAGAUGUAUUUUGAAUUACAACUGGUAGUUUUGACUACUGAUCGGUUCAGCAUGUAUGUGCGGUCAACAAUGUACAGCUGACUGAUCUUUUUACAUUUUUUGGGGAAAAAAUGAAAUAAACACUUGGAUCGGAAACUUACUAGUCAAAGACGAAAAAAGAGUUCCCUCUUGAAUACUCGUACCAGAGGGCAAUAUCUCUGAUCAUCAAAGGACGACACGCAGAGAAAUUAUAAGCGAACCAUUUUUUUCUCUGACUGAACAUCACGUCACGAUACCUUUUUCUUCUCCUAUGAGAAACUACCUUGUUUAGAACUGCCCAGAAACAUCAUGAAAGGGAGAUGACAAGUAUUAUGAAAGGUGCGAAAAUGUUUCAUCACAGGUGAAAAUAACAUUAGUCUUGUUAUAUGACACACUUGAUUCCCGAUCUCGUGCAUCAGAGCAACGGCUGCAUAGCAUGUGAUCAGCCUUGUGCAAUAUUACAUGGGUUGGUGAGGAUUUCGGAGGUCAGCUGAAAACAUCCCUCAGAAAUAUAAUUUUCCCAGUAUCCAAAGUGCGUCGCGAAGUGCAUUGGGGAACAUCAUAGGAAUCCCACAUCUUUCAGAAUUGCUGUUGACGAGCGUCUACGAAAGAGGAUAAAAUCGUAUUUCUUUAAGGAGUUCAUUGUUUGAAAGGGACCUGUCAGGAGUCCCCCGCACGGCAGACUCGUAUGUUGCGUCUCUUCACCUCACAGCAGCACAAGGUAUUACAGUUGUGGAGCUGCCAGAAAAGGAUAUCCGCUCGUGUCUAUAGAAGCAGUUGCAUCCACCGAGGUCCUUUAAAUCUUAUAAAAGCCUCCCGAAAACUGAUUAUUUUUCACGGACUUUUCACAACCAAGAAUAUCACAAUAUCAUCGUCUUUUGUCACUCCUGGGCAUAUUUUACAGAGAUUUCCUUGGCGUGCCGGAGAACAAUUACCAGCUGUUAAACCUCUGAAUGUAUGCCCAAUUUAGCGAAGUGUCAGGAACCAGGCUUCUCCAUGCCUCGGCCUGUGAAGUGUAAUAUGGUCUCAUUCAUUACUUUCAUCACACGCCCCUCUGUUUAUUGCACUGCGGAUGAGACUUCUCCAGCCUUUGCUAAUAUACUCGGGAUUUUAUUAAGAUGCUAAACGUAUUUCUUCUUGCAUUUAGGGCGCCAGCAGUACAACAGUGAGUGUUGUGAAAUGGUGAUGGAUUAGAGACUUCAGAUUGGAGGAUUUUUACUGUGAAAAAAUAUUGUGCCGGUGUUUCUAUAGACUCGAUGCCAACAAUCCAGUUGCUUCUCUGAAUUCAAAGGGUCUUUCGGGUUUGCCGCUUUCAUCGAAUUAUUGACAAUAAAAACAGUAACAAAUUCCAAACAAUAACAUUUCUCCCGAACUGUCCAAGGAUCAAAGGACCUUCAAGUGACCAUCGAUUCGCCCGUGUUACGUCAAUCCUUUGCUGUUGAGCUGAGAUUUACUGUAGGACGUCGAAAACGAAGACAUUUUGGAAUUAUUUGUGAUUUCGGAGCGGAAUUAUCCUGCUAAAAUGACGACACCAUUAUCAGCAACGAUGGUGUAUGACACCGGCGUCAACGACAGUAACGUUCCAACAUCAACGAACGCUACACCAACUGACGUUUUUUACUUUUACAAGACCGAACAGAUCAGCUUCCUGUGUGUCCUUUUCAUAUUCAUCAUUGUCGGCAACAGCAUGGUCAUCCUGACCAUCACGCUGACCAAGAACAGACGAUCCAGGAUGAACUUCUUCAUUCUCAACUUAGCUAUUGCAGAUUUGUCGGCGGGACUCGUGAAUGUGUUCACAGACAUGAUAUGGAAGACGACAAUCGACUGGCAUGCUGGUCUUGUUGGGUGUAAGCUGGUGAGGUACUUCAUGGGCGUGGUCACUUACGCAUCAACGUACGCACUCGUAGCCCUUAGCAUCGACCGGCUUGACGCAAUCGCAAGACCACUUAGUUUCACUGGAAGCCAUCUUCGAUCACGUGUCCUGGUUGGUCUCUCGUGGGCUUCUGCUAUGCUGUUUUCCCUACCCAUGCUGAUUAUCAACGAAACCAAAAUUAUAGACGGAAGUUGCCAAUGUUGGAUUGAGUUCCCAGAACCCUGGUUUUGGAAGCCGUACAUCACGAUAAUUGCUAUCGUCCUCUUCUUCAUUCCUGCCGUCAUCAUCGCAGUGUGUUACAUCAUCAUCGUCGUCAUCAUAUGGACCAAAACAACACUACAAGUCUCAGCACCAAAAGGAGGUCAUGUGUAUGCGGCAGCCAAUAACGCACGAUUUAAGGACAGUGCCACCAGUUCCAGGGGACUUAUUCCAAAAGCAAAGAUCAAAACCAUCAAGAUGACAUUGGUGAUUGUGCUCGUAUUCAUCAUCUGCUGGAGCCCCUACUUUGUGUUUGAUCUGGUCGACGUCUACCUCAAUGUACCGAGAACACAAGACAUGGUCGCGGCCAGCACAUUUAUUCAGAGCCUCGCUCCCCUGAACAGCGCUGCCAAUCCAAUAAUUUACUUUGGUUUCAACGCAAAAAUUUGCAUAGGGAUCUUAAAGAAAGGUUGGAAGCACAAUUCGCCAACGUCUCAAUCUCAGCUCACAAGUAUAUGACCUUUCAACCUUGACCUACAAGGACAGAAAAAGGGGCCAUGGCAUACUGCCACCAUACUGUCACUCAAUGCCUAAUGUAACGCAUGUACAACAAGGGAACACCAAUGAUUUCAAAUGAGAUUGUAAAUGGCCCCCAUUAAUUAUAUUGGUGUACGUCUUAAAUUGUAUUCAUGAUCAUGACAUUAAGGUUACCUUGGUGACUAAGUUUCAGUGUCAUGAUGGAUGUGAUUGUUUGGUGUGAAACUAUCAAGGCAGGCAGACUGCAUGCACUUCACUCUUUGAUGCAGGCGAGUUCACGGUUACAGCACUGAAUAUCAAGCUGGAGAAAUGAAACGGUUCUCUAGUGUUUUGCUGUGGAUGUUGGAUGUCAUUUGACAAACCGUUGAUUAGUUGAGUAUGAAAUAUUUAAGUGAGGUGGCAAUGUUGUUUUGUCAACUUUGUAUGGUCUGUCAUUUGCAUAUGUAUCAGGCAUAAGACUAAAUGGUCACUUCAGCAUACUAAUCAAAUACCACACAAACAGACUCUCAACCAGAUGUUAUUUCAUCGUUGAUUAAUAUUACACUUCCUGUCUCCUUAGCUUCAACGUUGUAGACCUCUUUUUAGGAAUGACAAAGUAAUUCAAAAUAAGUUAAAGAACACAUGAUUCGUUCAUUUUAUAGUUCACUUUCAUAGCAUGAGAGGUUAACUAUUAAAAUAUGAUGUAAUAACUUAUUUUGAGCAGUAUAUGACAUAAUAAAACGUUUUAAAAUGACGCAGUAAGUUUAACUCAUUUAAUACGUGUUACGACAGUUGACAAUGCUCUGCCAAUACAAUAAUUUAAGCAAAGGUCAUACAAAAAGGUUUUCAUAACUUUUUCUGAAGCUGCCAUGUCGAUGUAAGCCAUACUGAUAUAGUUUCGCGUAAGUAGUUUCAACACCAUGGCCAGAGUGUAUGGUCUUAUGCUCAGUAUAUUGUCAGCCACGUUAUUUUUGUUAUGUAAGUGUUAGCACAUGAUUGUGAGAAGUAUGUUUGUUUUUUAAAUCUCUCAUCUUAUUAUUUUCAGUUAAUAUUAUUUUGAUAUAUACAUAAGCAUAGAUGGCUGAAAUUUAUAAAUGUUUUUAAUUACAUUUUCCGUCUUAUUUGUAAAUCAUUCAUUUUAAAAUGAAAAUAUCAUUUUAAGUAUUUGGGCCCCCAUUUCAUAUGUCUUAAAAUUUAGCUCUCUGGAUUAUUUCUUUCUUCUAACAGAAUAUACAUCUGACAUACUAUCUGUAAUUGUAAUAAGAUAUGUGAUAUAUGUGCACAUAGUGUGAAUUUAUUUCUCUAUCUCCAUUCUCCUAUUAACAUGCUUGUUAUAAUAACAUCUUCAAUGUUUGUUUGUUUUCUGAAAUAAAGCAAUGUUAAAGAGUACUAUUCUUGUUUGUACUGACUAUUGUCAUUUCAAUGUUCGUAAGUUCAUGUGAUGCAAGUUCGUAAGUUCAUGUGAAUAGCACCU